AUGCGGCCCGGGUGCGUGAACAAGUACCAGUGCCCGACGCGCGAGACAAAGCAGUGCGGAGUGUUCUACAACUGCAUGCCAGGAUCGACGGCGAGCAUCGCCAAGGCAUCUAUCACCACUUGCGGCAGUUGCUCCUACAACGAUCCCAAGAAUGCGUUCACUUCGGUGUGCAACUACGAGUACGGCCGAUGCGUUCCCAACACCAUCGAUGGGAAAACCUGCACAGCAGAUGCGCAGUGCACGGCUCCCGGCGUUACAGGCUUCACUUGCCGCCCAGACCAAGUGUCCGCCCGGCAUGUGCGGCGCUCGGCUGAAGCCUCUCAAGUACACAAAUGCAUGCGGGGAACAAAUCAGAUUCACAGACCGUCGUCUCCUGCAAUCAUGCUGCCGUCCGUAGCCGUCGCGUUGGUGCUGCUCGCCGCGUCGAUUCCGGCGUCGGACGCGCAAGUGCGCCCCGGUUGCAUUCGCAAGUACCAGUGCCCGCGCCGUGGCAGUCUUCAAUGCGGUCUCUACUACGUCUGCUCCGAUUCCGCGAAUCCCAAACCGCCCUACACCCUGCAGACCUGCGACACAUGCGCGUUCCGAGACAACGUUAAGGCCUAUACUCAAGUGUGCAACUACCUGACUGGCCGAUGCAACAAGAACUUGAUUGAUGGCAAGCCUUGUGCGACAGAUGCACAAUGCGGCACAACAGGGGAGUUCAAGUGCCUGGUGAACAAGAACAGCAAGGCCAAACCCAAGUCCACGCGCUGCUGCAGGACCAAAUGCCCUCCUGGCCUGUGCGGUGCAUACGUAGCUGCGCGGAGAUCCAACACGGUCGAUUAUCCCCGUAGGUGGAAUCAGACGAUCUCUAUCGUUAGAUCCCCGCCAUCAAAGACACCCGUGACGCGGUUGCGCGUAUCCGCACGGAUCCAGGUCGACCGCCGGAAGUAUCUCGAGGAGCUCUUUCGUCGUCAGCUGGAGGAGGAGAAGCGGCGGGCCGAGUCAGCUGUAACGUGUCCGGUCGAUUGCGUGCGGGAGGUGCGGACUAUGGCUGAUUUGGAAGCGGAGCUGCUUACAGCGGAGAAUAAUAUGCAGCUGGUGGUUGUGGAUUUCUACAACUCGUCAUGUGGCUCUUGUAAAUACAUUCUUCCCAAGUUCAUUGACCUCUGCAAAUCAGGCUGUCAGGGUGACUCCGAGUGUACAGUGGAUGGAUUUGCAUUUUCAGACAACACUACACUUGAUAAGGUUACAACGGAUGGAAUUACACGCAAUGUUCUUCCAGCAGCAGCUGAAGAGAGCAAGGAUGCAGAUGCUGUUGACUCUGAAACAGUGCGGCAGGAGUUUUCAGCCGUUCGUUUUCUCAAGCACAAUGUCCGGGACGACUACGAUGAUUUAACGGAAAUCGCCUUACUGUAUCGCAUCAAGCUGGUUCCCGCCUUUGCCUUCUUCAAGGAUGGUUCAUGCAUUGGCCAGAUUUCAACAAGAAACACUUCCAGGGUGGCAGCUGCGCUGGCAACCCUGCUAUCAGGGCAGAAGCUGUGA